AUGGCCUCAUCACUCUUCGCCAGCUCCCCAGACGUACUGGGCUAUGUCUGGGCGGCCAUGCUCGCCUUCGGAGCUUUCAUGGGCGGACGCAAGGGGUCGAAGGCAUCCGCUAUUUCUGGAGGUCUCUUCGCCGCUGGACAAGUGUACGGUUCCCGAGCGCUCGGUGCCCAAAGCUCUGACGUCUUCCCCGUUAUGCUUGUCAACUCGCUGCUGUUCCUCCUGAUGGCAUACCGCUUCUUUAACAGCCAGAAGUUCAGGCCUGCUGGACUGAUAAUGGUGUGUCUGCCUAACAUGAUUCUGCGCUAG